AUGUCAUCUAUUUUCUGUUGCUCUUCUCCAUCGCCGUAUCGACCGGCCAGUCUUACGCACGAGACCAAGUUCAGCCCAUUUGUCGCUUGGGCGAAGAGAUCCGAGUCAUCUCCCUCUGCUGCUUCAGCUUCGUUCUUUCAGAAUCCUAAUAACCCACCAGCCUACGCAGUUCAGUUUGUUCGACAAGUCAAUUUUGGUGCUAUUGAGGCCAAGAGAUAUUUCAUUCCUAACCCCGAAGCCAGUGGGGGUGGACCCGAGUUUGUGGAAAUCACCGAGCAAGACUUGAUCGCUGGAAAUUUCCAGAAGCUCAACUCUUACAAGAACUUCAAGUGCACCACGCAUAACAAGUUCUUCGAAGUCAAUUUGUAUCAGAAGGAUCCGGUUAAUCAGCACCACUGGCGAUUGAAUAUUGCUCGACCAGCUAGUGAUAUUGAUUUGUGA